AUGGCUCAAAUGAGCGACGAAAUUCAUGUUCUGAACGAUUCCUAUUUAUUGUCUUGCAGCUCCGGUGGAAAGACCUUGGUAGAUGAGUGCAUUGUGCCAGCAACAAAUCCAAUAAAACCAGGCUCCGAGCCAACAAAAAAAGCGUACAAUCCAAGCAGAGAUACGAGGCAACGCCAUUUCAGGGCCAUAUUCAGGAAAUGGUGCCAAAGGACGUUGAAAAAGCUCGAUCCGACACAUUAUAUACCUCCAAGACCAAAUGUGGCAAAUUGCAGAGCGGAGUCAAACGAAAACUACACCCAACUGAUAAAAACUGCGAUACUGGACAGUCCAACAUGUACUCGAUCAACAAUCGGUAUCUGUGAGGAUAUUAUGAAGACAGACGACAGUUACCGGACAAAUCGGCGUUCGGGAUGGCAAGAGAGGGUGGCAGAAGAACUCAUGCAGAACCCUGUGUUUCGACCCGUCGUCAGAUGUCGAAAGGGAGUUGUUAUCAAGAGCAAGGAUAUCCAUUGGCAAAUGAGCCCUCAAAUCCAACAGAUAAGUCCUCAAGUCCAACAAAGAAGCCCUCAGGCCCAACAAACUGUGCGUUCUUCCGGCGGUCCAUUGUCGUACUCGUUUGUUGCAAAUGGAGGUCCCUUUGAAUUGGAUGCUACACCCUGCAGUACUGCCUCUACUGUGGUGAAUAAGAAAGACAAAGACAGGAAGCGCGAGUCCGCUGAAUGGGCUUCAAGUAAUGCAGACGCAAAUCUCCCAAGGUAUCUCGCCUCCGUCCCUGCAGCCACCGAAGACAGUUCCAUGUCUGGCAGGGUAGAUGGUCCCCAAGACUUAGCGGGUCAGAUAAUACCAGGACCGUCACAUCCACAAUCCCGUCUUCGAAGAAGUCCCAGAGUACUACGCACAUCUUCUACUGGUAACAAGGAAACCAGAAGAGUACAGCUCUAUGACCCGCCAAUGGAGGCGGGCGACGACGCCCAACGAGACAACAGCAAUUCCUCCUCGACUGCACAGCAUUCUUCCGCCCAGAAGCAACAAGGCACAGUUAAUAAAGGAGCCCAUAAUCCCGACGACACCUUUAUAGAAACCACAACGAAUUCGUCUGUGGAAAAUGUCUUCGCUCCUUUGACAGUGAUCAAUUGCGUCGAGAUCAUCAGAUGGCAUGUACAGUUCAGCUACGAUGCUCCCAGGAACAACGCUGGGCUGGCUUAUGGACAGCCAGGUUCCCCAAUGUACCUGUGCCAAAGGAUUUAUGUAGGAAUACCCCCCUCCCUCCUUCGGACAUACCUUCAAGCUCUUCACAAAACACUUACUGACAUUCAUGAUUACUUAGACUUUGAAGCUUCUGUGAAAGCACUCUCAUCCCCCGUAGAUAUAGGUCUUACCUCAUCUUCACCUUCAUUUCCAGUGCCCCAUGGGAGACAAGGCUCUGGAUCUUCAACCCCACAAUCAUCAAGCGGCUCUUCUGCUACUCUGGUGGAAAACAACGAUUCUCUCACAGUGGCUUGGCGAAAUCACCUUAAACCUGGCGAUAUAUCGAUGAAAGGAAAGAUGCCGGCAGUAUCCAUUGAUACUAGCUUUAACAUGAUGGAAGUCAAAGUUGAUUACCUCGAAAAGAGGCUUUCAUUACUGGAAGAGACUGUCAAGUCGUUGUUGAGGCUGGAUAGCCAACGUCAGCCUAUGGGAACCGCCCAAGCGAAUCCAAACACCCACGCCGGUUAUGCAUUUUCGUCUUCUUGCUUUGCACCUGCCAACGAGGUAGCCCCUACCUCAGAUGUGCAGAAUGACCUGAAUCCUUGCAUGUCAAACCCAGCAUGCAAUAAUGCGAAGACAAUUGACAAUGAUAUUCUUGGUAUUAAAAGUGGGGUUUGCCCGGAGUUGUUUGACUAUACAUCCAUGGAUCUUGAUAUUGACAAAAUUAUGGAAGGAAUAGCUGUGUGA